AUGAUUUCAUUAUCACGGCUCACUAAUAUUUGCUGGUCUCCAGGUCCUGAAGCCAACGUGGCCAUCAUCGGACUAGAAGGGGUUGGAAAAUACACACUUUUACAACGCCUGAGUCAAACAGAAAUUCAACUGAUCUCAUGGCCUCCCAUGAAUUUUCCAGACAUCAAGAAAAGCAAGAAUUAUCGCUGGAACAUGAAUCUUGUCCAGACGUACGUCGUCUACGAUGAGAAACCUGCACAUAAGAAAUGGGUGGCGGACCACUUCUGCGAUUCGGAUUGCAUCAUUUUUGUUAUUGACGAUGACAAGGACAGUCGACCUGAGGCAUGUGAAUGGAUGAAUUGUUAUGCCCGUGGGUUUAAGCCUUCAUAUGGCGGAAAUUACUUCCUCAAAGUCCGGGAAGGCACUCCCUGGUUAAUUCUGGCUAAUAAAAAAACUGCGGAUAGCCCACUGAUGACGGUAGCAGAAAUUCGUCGUACGAUGCUGCUAGACCGCCUCGAUAUCGACUCGGUACGUACAGUGUGA